GUGCCGUGCUCGCUUGAGGAAUCCGUCCAGUGCCAGGUCAAUCGCACUGGCCCACUGGGUUCGCCAUAGUGUGUCUACGUAUCUGCCUUCCGCGCUGGGCUCCCCGUGCAUGAUUCAUGCCGCGUCUUUCGUGCCCAACCUCCCGGCCAGCUUCCCGUCGAUUCUCCUCGCAGCAGCUAGUCGAGCGUGGACCAGGACGAAGCCAGGACGCGUACCGCUUGGUGGGUCUGUUCGGGGAUACGCUACCGCGUCAGAAGCACAGCGGAAGGGCGGUCGUCGGUUCCAGAAAACCAGCGGAGCACUUGUGGAGGACGUGGAAGAAGCUGGACCGUCCACGUCGCUCUUCACCGGAGUUAAGGGCGAUGCCUCCAGAAAUAUUGUGACACGCGGCCGGUCUGUCUCUCACUUGUCUGCGAAGCGUGCAGAGUCGGAAGUCCUCUCGCGUAAGGACGCUAGGACCAAUUUCCAAGGGUCGGGAGGCUUGUCCACUCACGUCGCAGAGAGUGCGGCACGAAUGGCGACGUUUCGCGCGUUUCGCGCAGGCCGACCGCUACGGCCGCUUGUAUGGCAUAACCCAUGGAGGACGCCUGUCAUCGAGUUCCAUGUCGACUCUGUUCCAAUGCGGGAGCUGUUGGCCAAGGAUCGAGGGCGGGCCUACCAUUCGUACAAGACCGACCCUCCAUGGCCCGAGAUCGCCGAGGCCUUGUCCGCCUCCGGAUCGCGCCCGUGCGUGGUGCAUUACGGCCCCUUUGAAUAUUCUGGCACCUCGUCCGUGCCGCUGCCCACCUCGUCCGAGGAUCUCUGCGACAAGCUCGUCUUCUUCCAGACACUCCGCCCACCGGCGUCAUUAGAAUGGCUCAUACGAUACCAUGCCAACUUUCGCGAACACCAUUCAACGGCGACGUUCAACUUCCUGCUCGCCCUCGCUAUUCGUAUGGCGCGUCGGGGAACAGCAGCCUCGCUCUUCAUCCAGAUGGAGAAGGAGGCUAUUCGCCCGAAUUCACAUACUCGUCAACUUCGGGUGCGCUUCUUGAUUAGGCUUGAAGAAGGAGGCUGGCAGCGAGCGUGGACGGAGCAAAUGGAGCUGUCACGCGAGGAAAACAAACCCUUACCGUUCAUGGUCUGGCUAGAAUUCCUUGGCACCGAGAAGGAAGGCGCGACUCGGAAAAUGCAGCGCAACGAUGCCACUGGCGAAUAUGCGCUCGAGCCGGUGAAGCCCGCCGACCCUGAAACGCUGCAAAGCCGGUUCCGAAUCCUCAUGCAGAAUAUGCCUGCCCUUAGGGCCCAGAAACUAGCAAGGACACCGAUCGCGGUGGUCUAUCGUGUCGUACGGCACUUGAUCCGUGCAGACCAACCCCAGCUUGCCUUUGAUGUCACGAAGGCAUCCUUCAUCGAUCUACCGGGCCGCCUGGACGAGAAUACGCGUGAACGGUGUCUCGCUGUCAUUCACCUGCACCUGUUACCGCUUCGUCGGCGUGGACAGAGGGGGCAUUUCAUGCUACGGAAACUCAUGUACCGAUUUCUGGCCAUGCACAGUGACUUACGACCGAAUGCAACCACGCUUCGCCUGCUCAUGCGGCCAUUGCGGCCGUUGCGGCCGUUCCUGCGAGCGCAAGGUGGUUCCACUGCAACACACCUGGUGAAGACUUUCGUUCGUCGAUGGGGCCCGAGUGUCGUGGACGACCAGGUUCGGCGACGUCUUGCGACGCUCCUCUUGACGCAAGGCCGGUUAUCCGCCUGUGCCGCUAUAGUGCACGCCCAGAACAACGUGGAGUUAUGGCGCAAGGCUGCAGCCACGGAGGAGGAGGUGACAUUUCGCGAUUCCCGCCCUGCACGUGUUCGCCGCGCUCCUGCCCCUGCCCAUGCCCGGUAUGUUUUCCAGCGCAGGAGCGCAGAACUCUGGAGGUGGCGAUUGCUACGGCGGCGCCUACGACGAAAGAUCCUACAGCAGCAGGCGCGGCGGGCUUCUCGGGGCCCAUAGGCCUAGCCUGUCGGUGUACUCCAACGACCUGUACGUGCGAGGCUCCACCAACGCCCUGCAAAUCAAGGCCAACAGCGAGGGUGGCCCCGACGCGCGGUGCCCCGAUCACACCCC